AUGAUCGUCACGAAACUAAGUGAACCGACACAGCUCUGCCUUAAGGGUGUGAUCUAUGGCAGAGUAGACGAAGUCGGCAAUGUCAUGCAGUACUGGAAUCUGAAAGAUCCUGAGUACGCCAACGAUCCCAAGUUUGUGAAUGGUAGCAGGGAUGCCGACGAAAGCGAUCUUGAUUGCGCAGACUACUGGGCCAAUUUUGACCAAACUGGAAGACAUCCAUAUGUGGACAAUUUCGAAAGAACAGACGUAGAAUCGUCUCCAGAAAGGUUCGCUCGGACUCUGACAGCAGGUGAAUGGGGAGAGGACAAUGAAUAUAUUGAGCGUCUAAGCACGGAAAUGCAAGCAAGACACAGUGCGGCGUGCGUUCAUUUGCUGCUUCGCUUGUUACACAUCCAAGAGUUUGGCGAAGAGGGCGAAUAUGCCCAUAACGCCGAUUCUCUCCGGUUCCAAAUUGAUGCUCGCUAUGCUUGCGACAAUCGGCGCAUGUUCUGGACAGACAAGGGACCAUAUGGUCUAGGUCCACACUGCAUGCGAAGUGGAGAUGUUGUGGUUGUACUUUAUGGCGGCAAUACACCCUAUAUAUUGCGACCAAGGGGAGAUGUUUACAUAUUUAUGGGCCAGGCUUACAUCGAUGAGAUCAUGCACGGAGAGAUUUUCCACGACGCAAGGAUAUUUGCACCACAGGAACAGGUUUUUUGUCUUAUAUAA